UAUUUUGAAUUAUUUUACAAAUGAUUGUCAUCCUAAAUUCGUUGUGAGGAAUCUGAUUCUAAAUAAACAAAAUUCAAAUGGGAACUUACACACCAAGGCGAACAUCUUUUGAUGCACGUUCUACAAAAAGUGUUGAUGUAAAACAAGCGAACUCGAGGCGAAAAUCGUCAACUGCGUCUCAGAAUGAAAUUUUUGACGAAAAAUAUCAUGCCGCGAUCCAAGCGUAUCAAAACUAUAUGGAGGGAUUCACAUUGAUGUUAGCGCAGAAUGAACGCAAGAUGAAUCAAAUCCUCGAUGGACGGGCGAUUCCACUCUGGUUCCAAGAACUCUCCGACAAUCAAGUUGAAUCGAUGAAUGGAUUACUAGAAGCCAUUCGGGACGAUAUUGAUGAGGGCACUAUUGUCCGAUGCCGAGAAUCGAUCCGAAGCUUGGGCGUUUAUCCAUUGUGUCCUGCGAAUAUUUUCCAAGAAGCACUUAUCAUGUCGCAUGCAAAUGAUCUGUCGUUCCUUUGGUUUCUGUUGGAGCUGCAUUACUCCAAGAACCGCCAACAGGGUUAUUCCAACAACGAGCGAUUACUCAUGUCGGCCAUCUGCCAUCUGGAUAUGAUGACCACGCUGCGCGGUUUGGAGAGUGUACUUCCCCCUCCGGUGCCACGCAAAAAAACUAGAGCUAGACGCAGUUGCGAAUCACUCGGUUGGCCUACCGAUGCUCGCCACUAUUGUUCACCCUAUUUAGAACCGCAGCGUGUCCGAGAGCCCCGAAAGCAGUGCUUUCGUAGGAAAGAUUUCCGAGCACCAUUCUGUUUGGAUCGAUACAAGCAAUAUCGUAAUCCUGAUUUUGUGAUUCCGAACGAAGCGUCUCGAUGGUUCGCCAAGCAGGUUCGAGCAAAUCAAACGCCGGCCCCAGAACAAACAGGAGAAGAUCAGAAGGAACUGAUGCAACGGAAAAUUCCUCUGACAAUCAGUGCUUGUGGUAGUGCAGAACUUAUCGUCCGGGAGCUACUGAACGAUCAGAUAGCACUGAUGGUAGGUCGGGAGGAGGAAUAUCAGCAGCUUUGUCGGAAGCAUCAAGAUAUGGACCGGAGAAGAAAGAAGCUUAUGGAUUUGCUCACUAAGAGAUCAAAUGUGAGAGAGAAGCUCAAUGAGGAAGUUAAAAAAGCUCAAGACGAGCAAAAGCAAUCCGAUGAGUUGGCACGUGAAAACCGCCUUAUCCACAUAUUGCUCCGCAAAUUGAUCGAUGACUCGGUUGUAACCUGUAUGAUUACUCCACGGGGCAACUGUCCUGAAUGUUGGGCAUCGUUCGAACGUCAGCGAAAGCUUCUGGAUGGCACCCAAUGUUCCUGCGAUAAGGAACCAGGCAUAUUCUGCCUGAGAAGCAUGUUGAAGAAGAACCAGAAGCAGUCUAUGCUAAAGUAUUUCCAUUGCUGUCGUGGGACGGUACCGUUUGAAUUCGAUUACCGGAAGAUUCUGGAGGACGAUGUGCAGCGACCGGGUUGUCCGGUGAAGAAGGCUAUCCGGAUUGCGCUUGGAAUGGAGGAAAAUGGGGAUGUAGAUGAGAGCGCUGCCGUCGAUCGUUGUAUGAAGGAAAUGUGGCGCUGUGAGUUGAAACUUUGGAACGAGAGGUUCCUGAAAGGGCGCGAAGAAGCGGAAGAGAAGAAGACCGAGAUAGACUUGCUGGAUUUUGAAUGCAUCGAAUCGAAGGAUCCGGAAUUUCUUCAGCAACUUUUGAAGAGAGCCUUGUUGAAGCUCUGUGAGCACCCGAAGUAUGUUCUGGCAACGUUUCCUGAAGCAUAUCGUGUACCCUUCCUCACCGCAUGGAUGCAGAACCGAUACGGAGCUGUUCCUUCGAAAUGGGAUCGAGACCAGUUGCUUCACGAGAGCAAAUUCUUCUGGGAGUGGUUAAUUCCACGUGUGACGGCUAUGCGCUGGCCCGUUUGUAAAGAUCUGGGAAUGCAUGGGCGUGUCAACUGGAACUACAAAACUCGUUUAGAACGCAAGGCCCAACAGCAAUUGAGUGCAUUCUAUCGCAAAUUCAAACGGGUUCAGAUGUUGGAGAAUCGACUUUUCUGGUCCACGAUGGACCCCUAUCGGACCAAUGUGGAUCGCUUUCGGCAGGUGUUUUUCGACUACCUUCCGAACUGUGAGCCCCUAAUUGGACCAAUGGUGCGGCCCUGGCUGCAGCACGAGUACCGCCCUAUGGAAUCGCUCAACCGAGCACUGAAGGCAUGUGAUAGCAAGUCGAAAUGUGGGCGAUAAUAGUUAAUUAUUAAUAAAAAUGUAAUGAUAUUAUUUUGAAUGUACUUUCCUGCCAACACACAAUAGUGUUAUUAUUGUGUAAGUAUUAUGUAAGCCACAAGUAAUGAGACUUCCUGAACCAAAUGGCACGUUCAUCUGAAGUAACUCGCGGACAGAUAAUUCUCACACCUGAAUAGUUUGAAAACUAUGGUCUUUUACUCUACAGUACUUUUCAUUUUGCUGUUUCUAACGUUUUUCGAACCUUCAACUCUCCAUGUAUUUUUUUCAUUUUUUUUAAGCAGGUAACCAAAAAAAUAGUUAGUUAUAUAGGGGAACUGUUCCGAUCUCCAUCUCACUGUACAUAUAUCAAUCUCUUUAUAUCGUCGCUUCUUUUUGUCAACAUUCGUGCUCACUGCUGAAAAAAAUCACAAAAAUAAUAAACAAAUCAAAUUCCUUUCCAUUGCUUUGUUUUUGAUGGGAUGGAGAUAGGAGCUAUGCGAUGAAGUGGCGAACCGUUCCCCUAUGAAAGUAUUUUGUGUUUUUGAAAAUUGAAAAUUUUUUUAUUCUUUAUUAAAGAAUAUCUCAUCAUCUCUUAACGAAAAUGAAAGAUUUUUUUUCUCUGUACAUUGUUGGCUUGAAAAAUACUUUUUUAAAUUGGUUGAUGAUUCCUUGAAUUUAAUUGUAUUUGAUACUCUGGACAAAAAUGUUAUCCAAAUUGGUCAACGUUUAGGUGGUACUAAGUUUAUAUGAAAAAUGUAUGGAAACUAUCUAAAACCUGUACUGCCGCUGGACACUGUAAGAUUUACAGUUCGAUGUUUUGCAAUUCGAUCUCGAAGAACCGAACCCCUUUCGCUGAAAAACACAAUAAUAAACGAAGAAGAGUGUGAUAUGUAGUACACAUGGAAAUGACAUAAAUACUGCUAAAAAUAUAGAGCUCGUUCUCUUUUGAACGUCUACUGCCUAAGUAACAACACGGUUCAUUUUAUCUCAGAAAAGAAAACUUAUAGUGGCGACGAGGAUAAACUAAAGUAGUGAAGUUUGACAACGCGUACAAGAUAAUUUAAAAAGGUGUUUUUAAAGUAGUUACUGAAAUCCGGAGAGUUUGUGGGGUAUUUGCUGUUGCUGCCAUUUGCUGUUGCUGCCAUUUGCUGUUGCUGCCAUUUGCUGGUGCUGCCAUUUGCCGUUGCUGGCUAGUCGAGAACGCCGCGGGAAUUGGGAGUGUCGAGCCAUAGGAAGCCUGUUGGAAACAGAGGUGGUGCUGUCCAGGGUAGUCACGAACCGGGAUCGCUAUUAUUUAGCUUUAUGAUAUCGUUGGGGAGUCAUCUGAUCUCGGCCCACAAGGGGCAGAUUAGACUGACCGGACAAGAUGAUCGUAAACGUAAGGUGAGACUUCGGAUCAUGGAGGAAUCGUUGGCCGAGCGUGGAAGUGAGAGCCGAACGAAAAGGUAUCGGUUGGAUUCCGAUGAUGACCCUCCAUUCCUAGGAUUCCCUCCUCCACCUCCGGCUAGAAAAGAAAUGCAUCCCCAGGCGCUACUAGUUGAUUACCCACCUUUAAAGAAACGGAGGACAGUCUCAACAGCAAUACAAAAUGAAAGUGAAGUUCGACGUUCGGUGCGAACACGGAAGAUUAAUAAGGACAACAUGUACAUAUAUAAUUAAGUGAAUAGAGUGUGGUUGCAGAAUUGCAGGCCUGGUAGCGAGUCACUUUUUAGUGACUUGGUCACUAUUUUGAGUCUAGUCACUAAAAAGUCACUAUUUGCAUCCAAAAGUCACUAAAGUCACUAUUUUUCGGAAAAUGGUCACUAAAGUCACUAUUUUUGCAUUGCCUGUUGUAAAAAUGUUCGAAAUAAAAAUCAUUUGUACCUACUAUUAUCAACCAAAUGUGAAUCUGGUAGCAAUAUAUUAAAUUUCGGAAAUAUGCACCAAAGAAGUUCCAAGUGUGUUGUGAUAAUCGUGAGGUUAUUUAAGAUUCGUGUCAACUAUGAUCUUUUUCUUCACGAAUGGAAGUUGUUAAAAUGCGAAAGGCUAAUAUCAAGUAAAGAGUACAUAAUUGAGGAGUAUUGGAACCAGAACCACAUCUGUUGGUGAGCCGUAAUACCCUCCGGUGACAAAGAUAGGGAACAUCCUCAGUUUCAUCACAUGACAAUGAUUUUUGAUGUUUCUCAACGUCAGGGAGAAUAAUGAGCGAUAAGGGCGUCGAUGACGGAUCCGUCGAAAAAAUAUAUAGAGCAAGUUAUGUCAGAAGUAAUUCUGCCACAAGCCUAUGAAUUCAAAACUUUUUGAUUGAAAUUAUUUCAGAAAUAUCACAUUUUUAUAAAACGAUUCUGUUUAUUAACAAUUAAGAAUUAAUACACAAAAAAACUAGUGUAGACUGUAGAGGUGAAUGAAUUGGUUGGAUUUUU